UUUGACCCAAGAGGAAUGUUUAGAUGUGCUAUAGCAAAGUGACCUCUUAUCGAGCAUGCCAUUAUAUGAGUGCAACGAGCAUGUGUCCAUGUUACUGAAAGAUUGAACCGUAGCCUUAGAACUGGAAUUUAAGAUUGAAAUUCAAGCUGAAUGCUUCUCGGUGCAUGUAUUGUAACUGAGUAUACUUAUUGGAUAUCUAUCGAACUCAUGCUGUUGACUGUUGAGGCUUUUUACAAAGUAAACUUGUUACUCAUAAACAGAUCAUAUUUAUCCAAUACAGAGUCCUUUAUCAUUUUAUCGCCUGAAGUUCUUCAUGCUGUCAUUAAACCACCAAUUUUUCACUUGACAGUUUCACCUUUUAAUCCGGAAUCCUUGACAUAUGUAAUGUGAACUAAAAUAUUCUCAUAUCUUAUGCUAGAAAAUUUGCAUGUUCAAAAAUCUUCUUGCUCCUCGAUGAUAUCUUAGCUGAUCAUCCUUUUUUAUUUUAACAAAGCAGGAAGAGGAUAGGGUAGUCUUAUUCUUGCCAUACUAGGAACUACUUUUGGUGCACUUGACUAAAUAUGGAAUAUUUGAUUGUCUUUUUUCCUUCACAAAUGCACUUCUGGAAGCAAUGUUCCUAAGAAUCUCAAUUAGUGCUUUGAAGAACCCAUGUUAAUCUCAAUAAUUGUGCGGUGGUUUUAGAUUUGGACACCUGAAUAACGACGGUAAUAUUAUGCUUUCAUGUCUAAAGGUCCUAUUAGAAAGCAAAAUAUGGUGGGAUUACUGUAUUGGGCUUUAAAAUCUAAGACCAUCAAAACUUCUAAGACGCAAAAUAUAAUAAUUGGUGCCAGACUGACUGGUAUUUACGGCUCUUUAUCGUGGAUGCAGGCACAGCUUGCUGAUUUUGAAGUCUCUGAAGGCAUAUGUUCUCGAGCUCGCAUUGAACAUGCUGAUUCAGUAUGUUUAUGGCGGGAGCAAAUGUUAUGUUGGAGUAUUCAUGCGAAAGAGGCCACAACUCUUCUACAAAAGAACCUAGAAAACGCUAAAGCAAGUUUAGAAGUUCUUGUUGCUAAUCUACAGUUCUUACUGGACCAAGUAACAAUCACGCAGGUUACGAUGGCUCGUGUGGAUAAUUGGGAUGUUCACCAAAAGAGAAUCGGUCAAGCCGGUGCUCCUGCCAAAUACUCUUAAAGGGAUCUUUUCAAGUCGAAUCAUGGUAGCAGAAUGUGUACUCUUGGAUGAGAGUAUGACUUUGAUCUCUCCAUUUUCAAUCCGGUGAAUGAAUUAUGUAUCGCUCUGUUAUUGCAAUGGAUAAGACUGACAACAAGUGAUUUUGGUUAGGUUUAGUUAGAUUUAUUGCAUUACACAGAGCUUGUCAUGUAAACGUUUUGAUUGAGAACCUCUUGGGCUUGAUUGUUCACUUUCUGUGUGCGGUGUGCUAGUU